AUGGGCUCGCGAGCACCCGUCCUCCCCAGCCUCCCUUAUGAUAUCCUCUCCCUCAUCCUUGAAGAACUGGUCGAGGACAAGCCAUCACUCGCGCGCCUAAGUCUCACCUGUUGGGCCCUCCGCCCCUUGGCCCUCCAUUUCCUCCUCGACACGGUGGACCUCUCCUCCCACAACCGCGGCCGGCUUCCCGAAUGUGAAGACGAGAUCCGCCCUGAGGUUCACGCGGACUUUGGCGAUGAGUAUCGUCAGGUAAACCUCGUCCCCCAGCAGAGGGCUUUCCUAAGGCUUAUGACCGAUCGCCCAGAGCUCGCUCUCUGCGUCAAGUCCCUGAAGUGGACACUGGUCUGGAUCGACUGGGAAGAAGAGGCCCUCGCGGAGAUUGACUACGAGUUGUGGAACGUGUUUGCACGCUUCACCAACGUUCGUCACCUUGACCUUGCCUCAAUCCAUAACCUCUAUUAUCUCUACGAUCAGCCGUUUAUUCGCAGAAACCCACCGCGACUCUUCCCUGCUGUCACCCAUCUUCGCCUGGUCGGCUGGAUGCACCGAGGGCUCGUUGACGCUAUCAUCGAUGCCUUGGACCCCACGACCCUUCACACCCUCAUCCUCGACCAUCUUCAGGAUGAAGGCGCUUUUCCCGACGGCACCCCUAUUGCUCAGGAUAUCGCAUCAGAACAUGCCUGCAGUCUGAAAAACCGUUCUCGGGGUGAUACUUACAGAGGUUCAAUUACAGCAAACCUCUACCGUCGUCAACAGGUCGGGGAAGCAGCUAUAUUCCCAGGCCCCAUGUGGACUGCUCUUCGUACCCUCUCGGCGCGGCGAUGCACCUCACUUGUCAGGUUUGAGUGUAAGAUUCCACCUGUCCACCAGGAUAUCGACCUCCGCAACUACUAUACUUGGUUUGAUGACACUGUGUCCUUUCUUUCAAAUGUCAGGCAGACGCUGAGGUCACUUACUAUCACCUUUGGAGAAUGCCCACUGCUUACCCGUCAUUCCCGGUGUGGCACCGCUCGGAACCUCAGCCGGAUCGCUCUUCACCAUAAUAUACAUAUAGUCGCUGAUUUUUUACGUGUGUUGCUCCCGGCACUCAGUCACCCAGACUUUUCAUGUCUAGGAAACUUGUAUUUUCAAGGAUUUUCUAUAUUGAAUAAGGCUGGGUCAUACGGCGUCCAGAACCUGGAGCUAGAUGACGUUCGCGAGUUGAGCAGGAGAUGUCCAAUUGCCCCCUGGGAAACAAUCACCCAUACAUUCAAGACGGAUCACUGCCCUGUCUUUCUAGGUUACGAUUACUACCCUGAUCGAGAGACUAUCCAAAGGUUCCGUGCCAUUCUGGAGCAAAGCUAA